AUGAAUGAUGUCCUUGACCAUCCUAUUGCUGGGUGUUCCGGUGCAAAUGAAGGCUCCACACCCAUGCCCAUGAUGGAACUGACUUCACCAGAGCGGAGAAUGACUGCUGACAGGCGGCGUGUGCGGCGUGUUGGAGUGCUCGCUGACUUUGCGAAGGCCAUGGUGGAGCAGGGAGAGGUCGAGGCAAUGGAGAGGAGGCGCUUCGAGGAUAGGCGGGAAAGGGAGGUGGCGUCAUUCAUGCAGAGCCGCGCAGAGCAAAACAGCGAGCUGUCAUCGCUGAGGCUGGCCAUCGACAGGGGGAAUGACAUUAUGCAGACCCUUGUGACGGCUUUGCUGCAGCGCAUGGGCUCCUCGGGUGGCAGGGGUGCUGGGGGUUCAUUGGGCGCCUCUGCUCCUGAGGUCGCAUCACACACCUUGCCUGCCCCAGCGUUUCAGCAGUGCCUGCCCACUUGUGCAAUUGCUGGCCCAGCUGCAAAUCUCAGUGGAGAUGCGGCAGAGGUGACUUAUCCCACUCUGGCCGAGGACACCGACUUGGAGUCCUGUGUGGGCGCCACGGCGCCCCUCCCAUCACAGGUUGAGGAGCUCAUGAUGGUUGGGGAGACCUCUGAGCUGUGCUGCACUCAGGUGGCUUGCCAAGAAUCACAGCCAAUGCACAAACGCGUGAGGAAGCCCAAAGCCAGAAUGGACCUGUGAGGACCCUCCCCCCCCCUGUUAUUUCUUUGUCUGCCACCACCACGGGCAACCCCCCCUUCUAUUACAUAGGUUAGCAAGCGAUGUGCGUUUAGGCAUCAGAGUUUUAUUUGUUUUAUAUUUUAGAAAACGCUACACAUCCCUGCCCUCUCUGGUAGGUUGCCAGGAGAGGAUGGUCAUGGAAAGCAGACAAUCCUCUGCUUUGCAGAGAUGUAACCAGCAAGCGACC